GUAGAAGGCAGCGCUGUCAAAACCGCUCGACGCAGCCGUGCUCUCUCCUGUCAGUCUCUCUGAGAGGUGAAGGUACCAUCGCAGUCAGAUCCUCCAGCCUGUUUGCUGUCACAAUGGCGCGUGUUGAAACAUCAUCUAGCAGGCCUUACCACCUGGUUAUCUUCGGAGCCUCCGGCUUCACGGGACAGUUUGUGGUGGAGGAGGUGGCCCGGACUGUGUCCGAGGGUCCGAAAGGGAACCUGAAGUGGGCCGUGGCCGGCAGGAGCAAGCAGAAGCUGGAAAAAGUUCUGGAGCAGGCCGCAGGAGUCCUCAGUAAGCCCGAGCUCAGGUCGGAGGUGGACAUCAUCGUGGCAGAUGUGGAGGAACCAGACUCCCUGGCAGCCAUGUGCAAACAGGCUGUAAUUGUUCUCAACUGUGUGGGGCCUUACAGGUUCUAUGGCGAGCCAGUGGUCAAAGCCUGUGUGGAGAAUGGAGCCCACCAUAUUGACAUCAGUGGAGAGCCUCAGUUUCUGGAGAGCAUGCAGUUGAACUACAACAGCCAGGCAGCUGACAAAGGUGUGUACAUCAUAGGAAGCUGUGGAUUCGACUCCAUACCUGCGGACAUGGGAGUCCUCUACACCAGGGACCAGUUCAAGGGAACGCUGACUGCAGUGGAGAGCUUCCUGACUGUCAGCUCAGGCGAUGAAGGCGGAUGUAUCCAUGAUGGCACCUGGCAGUCAGCUAUCUACGGCUUUUCCGACAGCCAGAAGCUCCAGAGUCUCAGGAGGAAGUUUAAUCACAAACCUCUCCCUAAUGUUGGCACUAAGCUUAAACGAAGAGGAUCUUUGUUCUUCAGUAAUGAGAUCCAGCAGUAUACGGUGCCGUUCAUGGGCUCCGAUCCCUCCGUGGUGAAGAGAACUCAGCGCUUUCUGGUGGAGGAACAUAAAGCCCAACCGGUUCAGUAUGGAGCGUAUGCAGGAAUAGGAGGUAUUGGCAACAUCGUCAAGAUGAUGUUUGCCGGCAUGAUGUUCUGGUUCUUAGUCAAGUUCAGUUUUGGACGCAAUCUGCUCAUCAAGCACCCAGAGUUCUUCUCCUUUGGACUUUUCUCCAAGGCCGGACCGACUAGAAAGCAGAUGGAGGCGUCAUCCUUCCAGUUUGCUUUCUAUGGAGAGGGCUACAAAGAGGGACAGGACCCCUCCCAGGGAAAACCUAACGGCAAGAUCCGCACACGGGUUCAGGGACCAGAGUGUGGGUAUGUGGCCACGCCCAUCACUAUGGUACAGGCUGCUCUAACAAUCCUCAACGAACCCACAGCCUUGCCAAAGACGGGAGGAGUUUACACUCCAGGAGCUGCUUUUGCAAAAACGACCCUGACGGACCGCCUCAACAAACACGGCGUCCAGUUUUCUGUCAUCUAAAGUUAGUCGUCCCCCCCGAUGCCAUGCUCCAGGUUUUCUCAGCACUUACUAAUAUGCAUCGUAACAACUGGAAAGAUUCCAACUAUUGGAGAGCUAUUUCAUCACGAGCGCCUUGACUAGAAAUGGAGUGCACUUUCAGAUGAAGAUCUAACACUGUUUUUGGUGGUACUUUCUGCAUUUAUCUUUUUCAUUCGGUCAGAAACUUGCCAGUCUCCCUUUGGCUAGAAUGUACUAUUAACCCUCUGCUUGUACGACAAAUAGCACCGCCAAAGCAGAAUCACCCCCCCGUAUUAAAUAGCAACAGAAUAGCAGGCUGAUAGUUUCAUAUAAAGGUCCUGGACAAUAUUUCCCAUGGCAGGAUUGAUGAUUAGUAAAAUAGGUUAAAUCAGUGGUGGAGAUGUAGCAAACUGUAUUAGAAGUGUCAGCUGUAACUACAGUAGAACAUUUAAAUAUCUAGAAUCUCUUUAGGUGUUGUCCUUUUGACAUACAGUAGCUUCAUAUGCACAAGUACACUAACCAGGUAGCUGUAUGUGUCAGAAUAGACACCUGCUGUGUGUGUGUGUGUGUGUGUGUGUGUGUGUCUGUUUGCUAAAAAUCCUGAUAGCUUUGUUUUUGAUAGUUUAGACUAUCACAAAAUCAUUCUUUCUUUUUACUUUUUUUUUUUGGUAGCUGAAUGUUGCAACAAUUGACCUUUCCAAAUUAUUGCUUUUGAGCCUCGUCAGAAAAUGUAUCCAGUUGUUUGUGCACAAAACAGUAUGGGUUACUCCAUGAGACUGAACGGAUCCCCUCUGCUGUUUUGUUUGCAAGUGUGUGUGUGGAAAGUCUUGCUUUUUUUUAUCUGAAGAAGUUUGUGGAUAAAAAAAUUCAAGUCCACAGGAGUGACAAAGUUAUAAUGUUGAUCUCAGUGCUUGCUUAUGUGCACGUGACAAUAAAUGUUUAGGGGUUUUGUUUUGGUGUGCUUUGCUUUGUAUGGGCCUCAUAAAUAAAACCAACUCUGCUAAGAAAAUAA